AUGGAUGAUGUGAUGCACAACAAGACAAGGCAAAGGAGAUUUGCGUUUCGUUUCUCGACGGACGGGUUGGCUGCAAGCGUUGGAGGAAGGAGGGCCAAGAGAGAUGCGGAAAGGUAUCGAAAGGGAGGAUACAACGUCGCGACGGAGUUGGAUGAUUAUGGAUUCGAUGAGGAGGGGAAUCACCACGCUUUGGAUGUCCGCGAAGAUGACCCCGUUGUGGGUUUGGAUCCUGGACGUAUCGAUAUCUUUGCGGUCGUUGACGGAGAUGAGAAGGGACGCGUGAAAGGGUGUAGCAAGAAGGACUACUACCAGCGGGCUGCUUUUGACCACGGUCGCAAGCACAGAGAGAAGUGGCACAAGAACCAUCCCGCGAUCAAACAAAUCAACGGGUCUAUGCCUACGGCCAAGACCGCAUCGGUCGUUUCCUUCUGUCGCCACCUUCAUCAUGCUUUGAAGCACAUGCUCACCCUAAUCGACUUCUACGGUCAACGACGAUGGAAGCGUCUGCGUUGGAAAAGUCACAUUGCCAAAGAAAAAGCUUGGGACGUGCUGGUGAAGCGGAUUACUCAGAACAAUCCACGUACCAUCGUCGCCUUCGGUAAUGGGCAGUUUGCUCUUAACUCAAGAGGUCACGCUAGCACUCCAACGAAAGCGCUGGGGCAGCGGCUUCGGGGGAAAUGUCGUUUGAGAAAGAUAGACGAGUACCGCACUUCGGUGACAUGUUCGUUGUGCGAUGGAGAGCUUCCUAGAAAGACUACAUUCUGGCAAGUCAAGACUUAUGUUUGA